GUGGCUGAAUGGCUGAGUACUAUGUAAUGAGGUCAUGUCUUCAAUUGAUUUAUGCAUACGGUUUAUCAGAUAAAUGAAUUGCUGAUAAGCUGGUAAGCGUACCUGAUCUAAAGAGGUACAAUUAGGUACCUCCCCCUUCAAAAGCGUUACCUACCUCAGGUACCUCAGGUAUUAUUGAUCUUCCUCAAAACACAAACACAUAACCUAGAUGGGAUCAAGAUGUCCUCCUCCAAACGCCAGUCAAUCCUCCCUCGUGUCCAGUCCGGCCCGAAAGCCCCCGUUAACUUCUCUUCGUCAAUUAUAAUAGCUGAUUCUGCCCUUCUGACGGGAAAUCACACAAUCAAUAUCAGCGGCGAGACGGUUAUACAUCCACGAGCAAAGUUAGAUUCCUCUAAUGGACGAAUCACCAUUGGUCGAAGAUGUAUUAUCCAUGAACGGACGAGCAUUGGAGCCGCGUCUGCGGACCCAACUCCCAGCGAGUCGCGUGACGGCGUAUUCAUUAGCGACUGUGCAAAUAUUGAAGUUGGCGCCGUACUCGAGUCUGGCGGCACACUGAUCGGCGAGGGAUGUUUGGUUGGCGUAGGCUGUAGAGUUGGUAAGGGGGCGAGGCUGGGGAAGCACUGCACAUUAACGCCCCAUAGCGUUAUAAAGCCUUGGGAGAUAGUUCCUGACUUCACCGUCGUAUACUCGAAUGGAACCAGACGAACCGACAAGCGCGGAGUUACAGAUUUAAAGAAUAAGGCGCAAGCGCGUCAAAUUGAGGUGCUCAAGAGACUCAUAACCAGCAAUCCCGACAAAUUCAAAUAAUAUUGUUAGAUACCUCUAGUAUGAUUCGACUCACCCUAUUCAAUGAUACCCUAUUCCGUUUUUUACCUUGCUCUUGAGAAUUGAUUUUUUUUCCCUUUCAUCGAUCACAAUAGCCGUACCAAACUUGAAUCCGUACCGUAUCUUAAGGAGGAAUAGUUCUCAUUUUAAUAAGCCGUUUGGCAAUGCGCCUAUGCUACUUACGAGAAGGUCCAGCGAUGCUCUGAGAUCAAGAGGCAUUUCGUUACUUCUAAUACACAGUAUGGUUUCGUAUCGGUAUUUAGUACGUCCAAUCAGCUUCAAUUUUAGGAGCAAUAGGUUAUAAGCCACAGCCAAUAAUAUCUCGUAUCAAACUGUAUAUCUUCUACCAUAUGAAGAUUGCAUGAAUGCGGUCCCCGAACGCCUUAAUAAUACCUGUGCCUGGUUUACGGGUUACCCCCAAUUCCACGACUGGUGCACUGCUACAGCACCAAGUAUACUCUGGGUGUCUGCAGAUCCAGGAUGCGGGAAA